AUGGAUCCCAACGACGCCUUCUCGGCGGCGCACCCGUUCCGGUGGGACCUGGGCCCGCCGGCGCACGCCGCGCCCGCGCCUCCGCCUCCGCCGCCGCCAGCGCCGCAGCUGCUGCCUCACGCGCCGCUGGUGAACGCGGCGCCGAGGGAGCUGGAGGACCUGGUGGCCGGCUACGGCGUGCGCCCGUCCACGGUGGCGCGGAUCUCGGAGCUCGGGUUCACGGCGAGCACGCUCCUGGGCAUGACGGAGCGCGAGCUCGACGACAUGAUGGCCGCGCUCGCGGGGCUGUUCCGCUGGGACGUGCUCCUCGGCGAGCGGUUCGGCCUCCGCGCCGCGCUGCGGGCCGAGCGCGGGCGUGUCAUGUCCCUCGGCGGCCGAUUCCACACCGGGAGCACCUUGGAUGUCGCGUCACAAGAAGUGCUGUCCGACGAGCGCGACGCCGCGGCCAGCGGCGGCAUGGCGGAAGGCGAGGCCGGCAGGAGGAUGGUGAUGGCCGGCAAGAAGAAGGGUAAGAAUGGCGUCGGCACGAGGAAGGGCAAGAAGGCGAGGGGGAAGAAGGAGCUGAGGCCACUGGACGUGCUGGACGACGACAACGACGGAGACGGCGGGUCAGAGUCGACGGAGUCGUCCGCGGGCGGCUCCGGCGGCGGGGAGAGGCAGCGGGAGCACCCGUUCGUGGUCACGGAGCCCGGCGAGGUGGCGAGGGCCAAGAAGAACGGGCUCGACUACCUCUUCCAUCUGUACGAGCAGUGCCGCGUCUUCUUGCUGCAGGUGCAGUCCAUUGCUAAGCUGGGCGGCCACAAGUCCCCUACCAAGGUGACGAACCAGGUGUUCCGGUACGCCAAGAAGUGCGGGGCGAGCUACAUCAACAAGCCCAAGAUGCGGCACUACGUGCACUGCUACGCGCUGCACUGCCUGGACGAGGAGGCCUCCAACGCGCUGCGCCGGGCGUACAAGGCCCGCGGCGAGAACGUCGGCGCCUGGAGGCAGGCCUGCUACGCGCCGCUCGUCGAGAUCGCCGCGCGCCACGGCUUCGACAUCGACGCCGUCUUCGCCGCGCACCCGCGCCUCGCCAUCUGGUACGUGCCCACCAGGCUGCGCCAGCUCUGCCACCAGGCGCGGGGGAGCCACGCCCACGCCCACGCCCACGCCCAUGCCCACGUCGCCGCCGGGCUCCCGCCGCCCCCGAUGUUCUAG